CGAGGCUGCCACAGAGCCCCCCUCCCUCCUCCAUCCCUCCCUCCCUCCCUCUCCCCCGCCCUCCGCCCUGUCCCCAGCGCCGCCGCCGCCGCUUCCACAAGAUGGCGGGGACCGUGGCCGAGCGGGACGCGCUGAAAAUAGAGGACGGGCAUUUAAACAACUCCCUGGGAUCCCCGGUGCAAGCUGAUGUGUACUUCCCUCGCCUGAUCGUCCCCUUCUGUGGGCACAUCAAAGGAGGGAUGCGGCCGGGAAAGAAGAUCUUAGUUAUGGGCAUAGUGGACCUCAACCCCGAGAGCUUUGGCAUCAGUCUGACUUGCGGGGAGUCGGAAGAUCCUCCUGCGGAUGUAGCCAUAGAACUGAAAGCUGUGUUUACAGACAGACAGUUUGUGAGAAACUCUUGUGUAGCCGGAGAAUGGGGGGAAGAGCAGUCAUCUAUUCCUUACUUUCCAUUUAUACCGGACCAGCCUUUUAGGGUUGAGAUACUUUGCGAGCAUCCCCGUUUUAGAAUAUUUGUGGAUGGACAUCAGCUCUUUGAUUUUUACCACCGUAUUGAAACACUGUCAGCAAUUGACACAAUAAAGAUAAAUGGAGAUCUUCAGCUUACAAAACUGGGCUGAGCUUGUUAGGACUGCAGAUUCCAAACCAGCUCAGGUGCCAUCGUCCGUUUGGAGCAGUGACAGCCAGCUCUGGACACAGCUAUGGUAGGAAGGCUGCCCUGUUCCUUUUCCGCAUGCAGUUCUUCACUCCUGUGCCGAUGAAUUGGGCUGCUUUUUAUCCUAAUGAAGAGCACUGUUGGUUAAUAGACAUUGAGCCGUUUUUCUUGGAUCAAAAUAGCCCACCUGUGCUGGAUAAUCAAAUUGGAAUGGAUUCAGAAAGACUUGCAGUCUUUGUUUCAAAUCUCACAGAAAUGCAGUUUCUGAAAUGCAGCGCUAAAACCGGUUACUGAACAGUAGUGACAACAAAAACCAAGUUUUUCUUUUGCAAAUAUUGUUUCUGCACUGAAGUGGAGUAGUGUAGCACAACAUAGGGCCAUGUGCUGACGUCCUUACCUGGGGCCUGAGCCUGGUUCCAUGGAAAUCAAUGGCAAAACUCCCACUCACUUUAACGGGGUACAAUCAAACUGUCUAGUCCUUAGUCAAGCACAAUUCCCACUGAUUUCUAUGGCAUUUUUGCACACACCUUGGGGCCUGCUGUUCUGCUGGUGUAAAUCAGCACUACCCAAACAGCUUGCAGUGGAAUUCUGCUGAUUGCUCCCAGCUGCUGGUUUGGCCCAAGGGCUGUGCAAAAACUGACUGAGGGUGUGUGGACACAGCCUGUGUAUUUUAGUCAGGGUAUUUGCAUAGAAUGUAGGUCGUUAUGAGUUUUUGCACAACGUAUUGUUAAUACAAUUUUUAAAGCUUCUCUGUAGUUUAUUUAUUUAUACUCAUUGUAUGUAUUAUUAGUAAAAAAAUGAACAAUCUUACUGGCGGUUAAGAUCGGCAAAGUGUAAACAUUCUGAAUGUACAAAAUGUCUGAGGUUCUUUGGGUAAACUUUACAUAUCGUUCUUGAAAAAAAACAUGUUUCCUAUCGAACAUUUAGUUAUGUUUUAGUGGAGCCCUCUAGGCCCUGGGAAAAUGUGGGCAUGGUAGCUGGUGGGGGGGGAACUCUGCAUAUUCACUAGGAUCUGUUUUUCAGGGCUUACUAACUUUGCUGCACAGGAUAGGUUUGAGUUGAAGUUGAUCCAUUUUAAAAACUUAAAAGCCAAAUUUGUAGGUUUAACUGUGCUUUUAUAACCCGAGAAGAAGUUAAAUUUGGCAAUCUCUUAGUUCAGAAAGAGAACCAGGCUCUUUCCAAGGGAGAUGGGAGAUUCUUUACACUUAUUUGAGAACAUAUUCGGCCUUUGAUAUGACAAUUAAAACUUGUCUAGACAGCCAAGUUAUUAAUGCUUGAAAAUCAGCUACUGCACAUGAAUAAUAACUUUUCAAGUAGCUUUUGAAAUAGUAGGUAUAGCUGUAUAAACACAGUCAUUGCACUACACUAUAAAUGAACACAGCCACUUUCUUGACUUCUUUAGGACUAAAUACACAUUUUCCUUGGCUGCUCACAAUGGACUGUAGUUGGUCUUUCUGAGUAGUUAUAAUCAUGAUAUAAACAUACUUUUAGGCAAUUUUGAAAACACAUAAUAUAGGGACUGAAACACAGACUAUAAAAAACAUCCUUUGUAGCACAGUAUUAAGAAAAAAAAAAAAGAGAAGAAUCUCACAAACAGAACUGUGUUAAACCUGCAAUAAAACUGUGGUUUAAAGCCACCAGAACUGGAAUAUCCAAAGUUAAGGGUAGAAUGCCAAUGCAAAGCCUCAUUUUGUGCUAAUUUGGCCUGCAGUUAAGAAGCCUUAGACUGCAAGCUGAAAUUCCAACUGUGGCUCUAGUCCAAAGCCUGUUGAGGUCAAUCAGAGUCCUCUGAGCAUAGAAGCCUGAUUCUUAUUUCAUGCAAGCAAGUGCAAAUCUCUUUGUAAAGCUGGGGGGUUGUUGCUGCUGCAACAGGUGAAUUAAGAAUCAGGCUGCCACCUAUAAAAUACAAGUUAAAAAUUCAAUUUUUAGCCUUAACAUUUUACACUCCCUGACUUUUCUUCCUACUUCCAAAUUAAGAGAGAACUCGUUUUCCAGGUGACUUUUUAAUCUGGUGUGUGGCUUUUAAGCUUUGCAUCAGAUUCUAUUUGUACUCCAGAUUGAAUUGAAAUGUUCCUGUCUUGCUCUGUUUUUACUCUUUUACAUGAUACAUGAUGACUGUGUCAUUUUCCAUUGUAUAAAGAACGCUGACAGUGUUUCGGUACAAAAAUAUAUUCUUAAAAAUUAUGAUAAUAAAAAUCCGAGGGAAAGGUGCUUCUACAUGAGGUGUUUUGGAUUUUUCUCCAGCUUGGAAAUGAUCUGUGGUUCCAAAGCUGAUGCAGGCAGAAGAUAUUUGGAGAGAAAUUUAGCACCCUCUGUGCCCAGUGCUUUCUCCCAGCUGGAUAUUUAAAGCCAGGUUUGCUGAUGCAGGGCCGGUGCCUGAGGCCAGAAGUAGGAGGCAGGAGAGAGUAAGUAGCACCUCGACCCUACAGUAGCUCAAACCCAAAGGGAAUCUCCCUGACAGCACACCAGUAGAGGUUUCCCCUUCCAUGCCUUUUCUGUAUCCCAGGAAAAGCAAUUUGGCUGCCUUGAAUUUUCACAACCCUCACACUUCUGCUCUCCUGAGCAGUCUCGGCGCAGCACAGUGCCUACACCAGGGAUGCUGAGGUGAACUCAGUGCACCACCUGUCAGUGGCAUCUCUGGUGGGAGCAAGGGUCUGCUGAUCCUGCCCUGCUCUUCUUCCCACCUGCUGUGCUGGGCACUCCCAUUUGUUCUCGCUCCAGAAAUUUUCUGUCUGGGGAAAAUGCACUUUAUUUUACCCUGUUUCUGGUUUUGCCUUUGCAUAACUUCGCCAACCACGGCGCCCACCACCUGAUCCUGCCCCGCUGUGGUUUCUGAGCCAGGCUUCAAGGCAAGAAGGGCUGUGAACCCUCUACUGACGGGUUGUGGUUUGCCUGAGAGCUCAGGAAAGGGCAAAAAGUCACAGUUAAGGCUUUUGCAUCCAUCUAUCUAUCUAUCUAUCUAUCUAUCUAUCUAUCUAUCUAUCUAUCUAUCUAUCUAUCUAUCUAUCUAUCUAUCUGUCACCUGCUUGGAAGCCUUUUAAUUUUUCUUUUGCUCUUGGGCACUACCAGGCCAUGGCAGGUGAAAGAAGGAUGAUGUCUAUGUCACCAAGGGCUGUUUCCACAGGUGCUUGGCUUACCCUGCCUAAUCAUGUUUGUUAAGAAGCAACUGCAGAACACUUGCAUGUGCAGUGUAAGUCAGAGAAAACUGAGGCCUUAACUGUUUCUGCUCAGCUGAACCUCAAGCCAGUUUCAAAUAUUUAAGGUGGCAGGCUGUGCUGCAAAAUUUGUAUCUGAAUUUUUAGGUCUCCAUAGCUUAGGGAUUAUUCAGAUCUUCAUUUUGAAUAUAAGCUCUAAUAGACCGUUUCCGAAUUGGGCCAGGUAUUUCAGUAGAGACAAGUAGUCUGUGAGCUUCUUGGAAGCUGCAAAUCUUCAGGACUUAAGGAGUGUGUAAAGCAACUUUUGAAACCUUAUGCUAAAAUUUAUUAGCUGAAUAUUUCUGCGAUUUCCUCUGAGUGAGGAAGUUGAUUCUGAAAUUAAAAAAGUCUUGAAUGGGUAAAAUCCAUGUGCAGUGGAAUCACUAAACUUAGCAUAGCUUUAUUUUUUUCCAAAGAGGAAAAACUAAAAACUUUAAAAAAAAAAAAAAAAUCAAAACAACCAAACCAAAAAAACCACAACCAAAUUAUUUAAUUUUGUUUGGGAUUGGCUGUGAUAAAGCUGAUUUGAUAUUAAAAAAAAACCCCAAAACUAGGUUAUUGCCUACUCAGAGCCUUGAAAUAUUUCAGUGUCAUGUGAGGUAGUCUUGUGUCUAAACACAUUUCACAUAAACGCUUUUUCACAGGCGAGUUGUUAAAAAUGUUACAAAAUACCUUCUUUUUGUGUCACAAUUAGAAAUGUUUGCCCCACCUUGAAAGAACGUUUUGUACUAAAUAUUCAUAUGUUGUCUAUGAGAACUUGCACUAACAUAUUACAUUCUCCCUCCCCUCCUUGACUAGUUUGAGCAGAAAUAGGCGUAAAUAUUGCUAAACCGGUUGAAUGUGACAUCUGCUUGAGGCCUCGCACCUUUCUCAAGGGCUGCUUUGAGUAAACAGCCUGGAAACCAAAGGGAGAGCCUGAUUCACCAUUCUGCUGUGCCAGCUUUCCACCCUUGUCACUCUCCUGCUGCGAGGCUGAGCCUGAAGCCCGGAGAUUUUCAUGUAGGGAGCAGCAGUGAGAUUUUUAUCUUUGGAUAUCAAACUAUUCACUGUGGAGGAAACAAGACCAGAGUAGCCACAGCGCUCUUCAGCUUGGUGGUGAGGUUGGGGUAGCAUGACAUGCUUAAGCCCUAACAGAGCAGGAGUUCAGAGGGCAUUGGUGGGCAUUUCAGAGCCAGGUAAGAGCACAGGCUGUGGAGAUGCAGGACAGCUUCCCAGGGAUGGGCUUUUGCCACAUUUUUAUUUGCCACCUUCUGCAACCCCCUGCCAGGACACAUGGCAAAAACCCAGCAUUGCUUACGAGCUUGGAAGGCAUGAAUGGGUUCAUGUUCCUACUCGUCUGAUGUAAGAGAGGCUCCCAAAUAAAUAAUAGGAAAAUUAAGGAGUAGCCAUGCCGCUAGGUAUUUUUUCCCCCACAGACAUUCAAGCAGCAUUUAUGUGAUGUGGGGCUCAUUUUGCCUGCUGUCCACAAGAAGUACUCCCUGCAGAAAACUCCAGCACUGUUUUCUGCACUGAGGCUGGUUAUAGAGACCUUUCCAGGCAGAAAACUGCAGAACCACAACUCUGCUGAGCCAGUUAACAACCUUCCAGCACCCCUGGAAUUAAUAUGACAGUAUAAGGCACAAGAGUCAGGCUGAAGGCAGCCCCAAAUACUCCGUGUGAUAAGCACAGAAGUUCAGAAGAAAAGCUUACACCAGUCUAGGAACAGUAAGUGACCUGGUGAGGGUUUUUUCUAAUCAUGGGUAUUGUUCUGCUUUUAUCACAUGGAUCAGAAAGUGUACAGGUGAAAGUCACUUUGCAAUGAAUCGUGUGCGGGGUUAGAACCAAGGCCAACCCAAACAGGGAGAAAAAAUGAGCUGCAGACGCCCUAUCUGGCUUUGAUACACCCUCCCAGCUCCUCCCAGCAAUCACUGCUGUUAUGAACACAGACAAUUACUAGAACAGGGAGAUUCAGCAGCAUGUGCAAGAUCUAAAUAAUAAACUCCUACUCUGCCACAGGUCCUCCCUAGCUCCUGUUGCUAGGCCUCUCCAUCUGUCUGUCAACAAAUAACCAUGUCCUGCUGCUUUUAAAAUCCAUGUCAAAAAUCCCUUUGACUUUCAUGGAAAUAGGUCCCUAAGAAAAGGGUUAUUUCCAGCUCUCACUCUCCAGUUAUUUUCAGCUGGGGCAUACUCUAAAACUGAGUUUAUUUUUAAGUGUGAAUAGAGGACUAUUUCUGACUGCAUUAUACAUUGGGUAGAGUAAACAGGAAGCACAGCCUCUCUCUGCUGCAGAAACACUGGUUUCACAGUUCCCCGAUGAAAUGUCUUGUUUUCAUUACCUUCUGAUUUUACAAAGUGAGAUUGUGCACGAAAUGACGGGGCAAUAACAGUAAUAUGUACCAUUCACCACAGAUCUAUUUUUAUGUGUUGUGCUGAUUUCAUAAUGAACUUUUAAUAACAAUAAAACAUGCAAUCUUCA